ACUCAUAGACUCACACAGAGACCCAUAGACUCACAUAGAGACCCAUAGCCUCACACAUAAACUUAUCCUGCACAACACAAUGGUGACGCCAGUGAUGGAUCGCGCUUCACCGCAGUCACGACGAGGCUCUGACUCGUCAUUCCCCACUUGUGCAGAAGUUACCCGCAUCUCGCAUGGGUUAGAGAUAGAGAGAAUGGGGAGGGGCGUAUGGAGUGUCGCUCAGCCCAGAGCCACCACCACCGCGGCGCGUUCCACCACAAAUCACUUGCGGAUAUACGGUUCGCCUUUUGGCGAUGACCGGAUGACAGUGUUUAUCCCGUCUCGGCUCCGUUGAGUUGCCGGAGUCCACAGCAAGUAGGAGGAGGAAGAGGCAGGAGGAGGAGGGGGGGGAGGCGUUCCCGCUCACGUUCUGCCCGCCGCGCACGUUGCUGGUCCCGGUUGCGAGUCGUGAAGUGGUCGCGACAAAGUCGUGAGGAAUGUCCGCGACCGUCUGCCGUGAUGGAAGCCACUCGGCGCGCGCACGAGCGGAGCCCCCGGCAGGGCCGUGUUUACGCACGUGGCAACGAUUAGGGGCCGGGAAUCCUCCAGACUCUACGUGCAGACAAGCACCACCACCACCACCGUGUCCAUGACAAUCGCGCUCGCGUUAGACACGCGGAGCCUGCGCGUUGAAUAUCCCGUCCCUUCUCCAGCCCUGGUUUGUGUCACGAAGCUAAUUCGUCGUCAGCAGCAACCAUCAGCAGUCAUGAUCUACCCACUGCUGGAUGAAAACCUCUCCAAGCCGUCGUCGCCGCCGCCAUCAUCAUCUUUCACGAUCUAACGAUGUGACAAUCCAACUGGCUCGUGCACACCGACGGAUCUCAUCGUUUAACAAUCCAACUGGCUCAUGCACACCAGCGGAUUUCAUCGUUCCAUCUCCGCGGUUAAUCGUCGUCUCUGCAAGCUCCACACGAGAACACGAAGCGAACUUCUCUCGUGCCCGAGCAUCGGUGGCGCUGGGCCGAGUCGCAGAUGGCUUCGCACUCGGCUCCCAUCGUCUUCCCUCUGCGAACCAACUGGCGAGGGAGCAGGCGCGGGGGGGCUCUGUGCGGGGGGCGGAGCUCUGCGCUGCUCCGAAUGCCUCCUCCUCCACCCAUCCUGCGCCUGGUGCUCCCAGAAGGAUUUUCCGGGCGGCCGCUCCCGCUGCGAUCUCCAGGAGCGCCUUCUCCACUCGGGCUGCCCAGCCGAUUUGGUGGAGGCCCCGAGGAGCCAGGUGCAGCUGAUCCAGGCUCUGCCGCUCAGCGAGAAGCCCAGAACGGUGGAGACGGGGAAAACGCGGGAGACGAGAGAGUCGCCCUCCGGAGUGGUGCAGAUUUACCCGCAGGAGGUGUCACUCUCCCUCCGGCCAGGGGACCCGGCGACCGUGCACGUGCAGGUUCGCCAGGUGGAGGACUACCCUCUCGACCUCUACUACCUGAUGGAUCUGUCGCUGUCCAUGAAGGACGACCUGGACAACAUUCGCGUGCUCGGCACACAGCUCGAGGCCGCCAUGGCCCGUCUCACGAGCAAGCUCCGCCUGGGCUUCGGCUCGUUCGUGGACAAACCCGUGUCGCCCUUCACGAACACGGCACCGGCUUACCUGCGCAACCCGUGUCUCAGGUUCAAGCGCUUCCCCGUGUGCGGGACUCCCUUCGGCUUCCGCCACGUGCUGGCUCUCACCGAGCGCGCCGCCAGCUUCAUCGCCGAGGUGCAGAGGCAGAACGUGUCGCGCAACAACGACGCCCCCGAGGGCGGCUUCGACGCCAUCCUGCAGGCGUCCGUGUGCGGGGAGCAGAUCGGUUGGAGAGGCGGCGCCACGCACCUCGUGGUGUUCGCCACGGACGCGGGCUCGCACCUGGCGCUGGACGGGCGCCUCGCAGGACUUGCCGCUCCUCAUGACGGCCGAUGCCACCUGGACCCCAACAACAGCUACGCGCGCAGCAGCGCCAUGGACUACCCGUCCCUCGCCCUGCUUGGGGAGAAACUGUCUGAGAACAAUGUGAACCUCAUCUUUGCGGUCACCAGACAGCACUACGCCUUGUACAGGAGCUACGCGCACCUGCUGCCCGGCACCACGGCUGGGAUUCUGGCCAACGACUCGAGUAACAUCAUCCAGCUCAUCGUGUCUGCCUAUAACAGCAUCCGCUCGGUGGUGGAGCUGGAGGUUUGGGAUCAGCCCGAGGACGUCAGCGUCUCCUUCACGGCCACGUGCCAGAAUGGGACCGUGCUUCCAGGGCAGAGGCGCUGCGCGGACCUCCGCGUGGGGGACACGGUGAGCUUCGAGGUGCGCGUAGAGGCGCGCGGCUGCGUGCGCGGGCAUCGAACCUUCACCGUGAAGCCCGUGGGCUUCGAGGGCGCGCUGCGCGUGCACGUGCGCGGCGCCGGGGAGCUGUGCGCGUGCGCGUGCACGCACCACGCAGAGCCGCGCAGCGCCGCGUGCUCGGGCAACGGGAGCCUCGAGUGCGGAGUGUGCAGCUGCUCGCCGGGCAGGCUCGGGCCACGCUGCGAGUGCAGCGACGCGGACGAGGAGGAGGACGACGCUACGGACCCCGAGGGACGAGGAGACACCUUCGUGUCCCCGCCGGAGCAGCCCGAGUCCGCGGGCCGUGCCGGCAGGGCGGCCGGGUGCCGCAGGGAGCCCGGCGCGACGCCGUGCAGCGGGCGCGGUGACUGCGUGUGCGGGCAGUGCGUGUGCCGGCCGAGCGAGCUGGGCAGGGUGCACGGGAGUUGGUGCGAGUGCGACGACUUCUCCUGCAUCCGGCACAAGGGGCUGCUGUGCUCGGGCCACGGGCCGUGCGUGUGCGGCGAGUGCGCGUGCGACGCGGACUGGGCCGGCGAAAGCUGCAACUGCUCCCUGGUGACGGACGCGUGCGUCUCGGCCGAGGGGCUCGAGUGCAGCGGCCGGGGGCGCUGCGAGUGCGGCCGCUGCGUGUGCACGGAGCCCGGCGCGUCGGGCUCCGUGUGCCAACGCUGCCCCACCUGUGCCGACGCCUGCGCCCGCAAGAAGGAGUGUGUGGAGUGCUACCUGGCCUCGGCUGGAGUGUCGGGCUGGGAGGGAAACUGCAGCCGGAGGUGUCCGGACGAGAUGGUGACGGUGCAAGCUCUGGACCCGGCGGAGAGGGCCCUGCUGUGCAGCUUCAAGCUGGAGAACGAGUGCACGGUGCGCUUCAGUCACAGCGAGGACCUCGCCAGCGGCCGCGCCGUGCUCAGGGUGCUCGCCCGGCCAGAGUGCGCAGAGGGUCCGGCGGUGUUGUCCGUGGUGCUGGCGGUGGCAGGCGGGGUGCUGCUGCUGGGGGUGGUCGCGCUGCUCAGCUGGAAGCUGCUCGUCACUCUGCACGACCGCCACGAGUUCGCUCGCUUCCAGGCGGAGCGGGCGCGUGCCAAGUGGGGGGCGGGACACAAUCCACUGUUCAAGCGGGCGGUGACGACCUUCCCCAACGUGUCGUACCGUGGGAGCCAGUGAAGAAGCCCCCCCCCCCGCCCACUGAACUCGCGACCGCCACUGCGUGGGGAGGGCGGAUUCUGACACUCGUGCCACGCCCAGCUCCUCGCACACUCCCGCAAAGCGCGUCGAUGACCCACGUCACCCCUUGUGACUCCACGUCAAUGGAUUGGUAAACUCGUCCAGUGGAUCGCUCGCGGGCUACCAGGCACGUAACGAUUCAUCGCCCAUCCCCGGCAAUGCGAUGAAUUGAGGGGUGUCCAUGAAAAAAAAAUACUUGAUAACCCUCAUCUGUCGUGGCUUCAUUGCCAACAAUCGGCAAUCAAAGUUGGGGUUUAUCGUGUCCUCUACCACACAUGGACACACAAUGAACGUAAUACGUCGCUUAAUCCUCCUACACCCAGCAGAAGCCUCUUACAUCGACAAUUUGAACGUUUUUGGGUUAUUACGUUUUUUCCAGGGUUACGAUUUGAAUGAAAAAUCGAUUUUUGUCUUGUUCGUUUGCUCGUCUCAUACGUCAUCUCAUUUGAUCCGUCUUGUUUGUUUUCAUCAGCCUCAAAGGUGCACUUCGCAUAAAUGCUAAAUGAUGGAUUCCUAGAUACAGGAAUCGAUGCAUGUUUCGUCUUAAUAAUUGCUCUCGGUGGAUGAAUUGUUAGAAGCCGUGUGUGGUUGUCUUCCUGGACUGCGUCCUGAAGUUUAAAAACUGUUGAUAGUUUUUUUAUAUAUAUAAAAAAUAUUUUGUUCUCACCAUCGGCCAGCCCACUGUGUAUACGCCCACGUGCCACAAACCUUUAAGAGUGAGGACCUGUUUACGCAAACGAAGAGGAAGCUUCAUCUGCUAUAAGGUAGAGCAUUCGGUACUGUAUUUGUAAAGUUGGUGUAGGCAUUUAUACUCCUGUUUCAUUGGCACAGCGAUCAGAUACCGUGAUGGUACUGCAGAAUGUUGAUAAUAUCCCGACCCGCGACGUUAGAAGCCGUCUGUAAAGCAAGCACUAAAAAGCACUGUCAUUUUUGUACGAAAAUAUAUUUAGCAAAAAAAUAAAUCGAGAGAAAAAAAAAUAU